UGUGCGAUAGUCGCUUCCUUUUAGACACAAUGCGUCAUCUCUUAUCGGCGUGCGUGGUGUGGUGUCUCCUGAGCUUCUGCAACGGAGGCCUCGUCUUCCCGUUCAACUGGCUCGUCCACUCAGCUGGGCCUCUGUUCACUCCACCUGAUCCACUUCCUGCUUUGCUGGGCGUCGUCCCUCUCACUGGAGGUGCCAUCUUGCCUUCGAUCAUCGUUAGUUUGUUGGCUAUGAAGGGCGCUUUCAUCAUCGGCUACUUGAUCUAUGAAGCUGCGGACUACAAGGACGUCAAACAGUUCCGGUUCCCACGCUCCGUCAGCGACCACGAGACGCUCCUGAUCUCCACCGCCAGCCAGCUGGACCAAAACAACUGCAUCCUCAAACUCCUCUGUCAACUCCAGACAAAGACAGAAAAAACGCGGACGGCGCAGGAAAAUGUCAUUGUGGAUCUCUUCUCGUAUCACUUAGAUGCCUUCGCUCAUGUGGCCAACGCAUCCGUUUUCCUUCCCGGUAAUGAGGUACAUAGCAACGCCCUGGAUGUAGGGAUGUGUGAUUCCCACUUCAGUAAGUGUCCUUUCGCGGAAGAGCAUUUGAGAAGUCUCUUGCAGUACGUAUGGAGCUGCGGAUCCCCCACACUAUAGGAUGAAAAGACAAUUCGCUUUACUGUUUGUCUAGUCAGAUCUCAUUUUUGGCCAGUGUAAAGUCUUGGCAUCGUUUUGAAUCGCAUGCCAGCAUAUUUCUCCUAUUUAUUUUUCCGUUGAGUUUGCAGUUAAGGGUAAUCUGUUCAUGAAGAGGCUAGCAGUUUGUCUUGGUUUAGCAGAAACGAGAACAGAAUCUUGUCUUACGCAAGGGCAAUUUAUCAACUUAUCAACAACGAUUGCAACAUUUCUCAGGUUUCAUCCGAAUUCAACGCCAUUACUCUUCUCUAUAGAAGAAGAUUUUGCAGCUGUUACUUUCCUCGUUAUUUAACUUAUUUAACAUAUUUCCACUUGUUUCAUGAUCAAUGUAUUUAUAUACAUACG